UACAGAGGGAGCCCAGAGGAACAGGAGAAGAAGGAGCAGACUGACUCCACUUGGCAGAAAACAGUGCAGAGAUUUUCCACCUGUCAGGAUCUGGGAAACAACUUUAUCAACAGUGUACCAAAGGUGUCGGGAGCAGGGUUAACGUGCAGGCAAUGGUGUUGAUGGUCCAACAGACACUGGAGCAGCACAGCAGAACCAAACAGGAAGUGAAUGAUCUGCUGAGUCAGCAACAAGUCCAACAGAACCAACAAGAACCAACAGAACCAGCAGCAGGAGGAGCACAGCAGGAAAUACCAGGAGAGGUUCCUCAAGACUCUGCAGGACCUGAAAUGUGUCUCUGAGUUGCUGGACUCCUGCACUCAGAAUGGAUCUUGGCUCUGACCUGCACACCACCAGGCUGCAGGAGCACUUCAAACAGGCCACAACCACAUUUCAAGCAACUGGACAGUGAGGUGGAGUACAUGAGGAAGAGUUUGGGGACUCUAAGAGUCCAGAAUGUGAAGGGGGAGGAUCUGUCAGACCUGCUGAAGCUCCAAGAGAGAGUGAAGAUGAAGAUCCAUCAGAGCGAGGCCAUCCUGGACCUGACCAGCAGCUUCCACCUCACAUCCAGACAGUUGGAGGCGCUGCUCCAAUCCGACCAGGAGAGCCCUUUAACGAUCUCAGCUGGUUUCUGUGGAUCCAGUGAAGCUGAGCUAAGUCUGCUCAGAGAAACACAGCAGCAGGUCCAGAAUCUGCUGAAGACCGCCUCAACACUGAAGACCGACAUCUGCACAGCCGUCAACCACAAGGGUCAGAUGUGUUUUAAAGUGGAGCAGCUGGAGGCUCGUCAUCUCUCUCUGGACGCUCUCUGUGUCUCCUGGCUGAACGAGGCCAGACAGCGUGAGCAGGACCAGCUGCUGACCCGCCAGCUCAACAACAACAUCAUCCAGCUCCGUGACGCCUUCAAAGAGCUGAAGAAGCGCUUCAGUAACCUGAAGUUUAACUACAUGAAGAGGAACGACAGGGCCAGGAACAUGAAGGCAGUCAGGAACCAGCUGCAGCAGGUCGAGAUGUACGAGGAGAAGCUGCAGGCGCUCAGGAAACGUCUGCAGGGUGUGACGUCACGGCUGGGGUCUGAGGUCAAAGAUGGGGGCCUCGCUCGGGAGGCAGAGGACGCCAUCAACGAGCUGCAGAGACAGAUGGGAGAGUUUGAGCGAGGAGUCAGUGAACACCAGAAGACCCUGGAGAUGACCUGCAAACUGCAGCAGGCCAUGGAGGAGUAUCAGUUCUGGUGUGAGGAGGCGAGUGCCACCAUCGCUCGUGUGGGGAAGUUCUCCUCAGAGUGUCGCAGCACUGAAGCCGUCGCUGUUCUCUACCAGCAGUUUGAGAAAUUCGUGUGGCCGACGGUUCCUCAGCAGGAGGAGAGGAUCAGUCAGAUCAGUGAGCUGGCUGUCAGACUGCACGGGGCGGAGGAGGGGCAGCGGUACAUAGAGAAGACGGUCAGUAAGCACUCAGAGAUGGUGGAGUCGAUUAGAGAGCUGAGUGAUGGACUGAUGGAGCUGGAGGCCAAACUGAAGAGGGAGAAUCUCAAACAGCAGCAGAAUAAGGAAAAGGAAGAGAAUAAUGAAGAGGGGAGGAUGGAAGGAAGGAGAGAGAGUGAGACAGAAGAGAAAGACGGAGAGAAAGAGAAGGGAACUAGAAAGUUGAAAAAGAAGCAACAGACGGAUAAUCGACGCACGCGAGAGACGGCUGAGAUGUAUGAGCUGAAGGAGACAGGCCACACCCCUGAACUGACCGCCGAGCAUGAUGGGAAGGAGGUUCCUGUGAAAAGGCAGACAGCAGCCAAUAGAAAGCCUCCGUUACAGAAGAGUCGCAGUCAGGACGCAGACACACCGACGGGCAGCUCAGAGAUCAGCAACAUACAUCAUUUACACAGUGAAAAGUCCUCCUACUGCUCCACCCACACCUUCAGCCUUUCCUGCUCCCCUUUGGGGACCAACAGAAGAAUCGCCACCAUCCACAGCCAAUCAAAGCCUGUCGCCGCUGAGCCUCAGGCAACGCCCCCUCUCCCUGUGAAUGCACCGUCAUUCUCUGAUAUCCAGAGAGAGUUUCAGAGGAAAGACUCACGAGAAACAAGAAGUCACCAGGAUGCAUCAGCAGGAGGUCUGUCAGAGUCUGAGCUCCAGCAGCAGGAAGAGCUGACCGAGGAUUCUCUCUCCAAUGAUGAAUACGAUUGUGCAUCACCUGAUGAUAUCUCCCUCCCUCCGCUGGCAGAGACUCCUGAGUCUAUCAUGGUUCAGUCAGAUGUGGAGGAAGGCGUCUGUUUCAGCUCCCACAGCGUCCACAUCAACCACUACAGCCAGCAGUCCCGUGCCCAGACAGACCACCGUGGGAAUAGUUCUGCUGGUGCAGUGCAACAACGGGCAGAGUCCUGUUGCCCAACUCCUCCCACCAGCCUCCACAGCGGCACCAGGUUGAGAUCAGAGUCGAGUUUAUACGUCCAGAAUCUGACGACAGUUCCUGCUUCAAGCUCCCUCACCAGCACUCUGUGCAGCACCCUGGUGACCGCAGAGACCAGCAUAACCAACGCCCCAAAGAGUGCUGACUGCUCUCUAGGUUCCCAUGAGCCAAGUUUGAUCCCAGAAUCUAAUCCAGUCCUCAAGAACAGCACCCCAAAUGCUUGUUCCAGGAUUACUAGUAAUCUCCCUGAGAGAAAGACCCCCUUACAAAUGAAAGAGCACAUCACUGCAGAUAACCAGCCUCAGAGGAUCACAGGUAACUGGGGAAAGAUCCCCCAAAAUACAGAAUCCAAAGGUGAGACCUUGCUGCAGUCUGCAGAGUCAAGCUGUCCUCAGCAUUGUAAGGAUCCACAACCUGGUCUCCAAAGGGAAAAGACCCCUCUACAAGACACAGGGUCCCUCAAAUCUUCCACUACAUUAUCUCAAAACAGACGAGAAAAAGGUCUCCCACAGUCGUUCCCUGACGCUGGGAUUGGCUGCCAUGAGGAGGAAACAUUCUCCCAAACUGGGAAGGAAACACACCCGGUCCCCAAACCACAGAGAGGCAGUCAGAACAGCCUCAGUAUCAGUUCAACAGGCCAGCACACCAUUUACCUCCAACCCUCCUCCUCAGGCAGUCACAGUACUUUGUCACAGGCUCGCAGCCCCAAUACAACCAAUGAAAGACCCUUUUCCCGGAGCAAGGAGAUUUCAGAGGUGGACCAGGUAUCCUGGGUAAGCCUUGAAAAUUCUGGUCUUAACAGAGAAAGCACCCUUCCAGGAAACACCAGGCUCUUUGAAUCCAGUGAAGUGUGCCUCCAAACAAGUACCAACCUCACCCAGGACAGCAAUCUUCCACAGUCUUGCCAGGAGUCAAGCAGUGGCCUUGAUCAAGAUGUCCUUUCCCACGAAUCCAGCAAGAGAACAUCCUCAGUCUCCCUGCCCCAAAGCAGCUUUACCACGAGCACCACUGUCAUCCACCAAACUGUUCACAGUCGGUCCCUGACUCCAAAGGGUCACAGCAAUGUGACAGAUAUCAGCAGCGGUAUACGGUCAAAGGAAAAGAGCCCCCCCUCCCAGCGGGGUGGAGGACCACCUGAGGUCCACUCCACAGUUCUCCCAGAGCCAAACAUUUUCAGUAACAUCAGUACAUCCAACAGAACCAUCACAAGUUUUAAUAAGCACAGCAGCAAGAAGAGCCACCAGUCACUCCACUCCCUCCGAGGGUCCAUCUGUACUCAGCCGAGUGUGCAUGACCCUGGCAUGACCCCCAGCAGCCCCGCCAAGCCUGCUGCUCCUCCUGAAUCCGAGGCACAGACCCCAGCUUUGGCAAAGCAGGCUAAUCCGCAUGUAACCCCACUUUCCUUUCCACCUCAUCUACUAACUCCAGACCAAGACCCAAACAUUUGUCAGCCUAUGACCAUCUGUGAGGAAAUCAAGCUAACUCCUCAGAUCCAAGGGCCUUCCCUUCCUGCUCCUGCUCCUUAUCCCCAGGCCCAGGCAGAGUCUCUUCCCCAGGGGAGAGCCUCUAAAGCUGGCCCUCCCUGCUUCACCAGGCCCCUGUCUAGAGCUACCGUCAUGGAGGGCUCUCCAGUGAUGCUAGAGGUGGAGGUGACAGGACACCAAGAGCCUGCACUCAGCUGGUCUGAAGAAGAAGAGGUGUCAGCAUCUGAUCCGGGCCGAGCGCGAGCCUGCCAGAAGGAGGAGGGGAAACACGUCAUGUGCAUCCCCAAGGUGUCGGACUCAGAUGGGGGGUCAGAGGAGGCCCGGACUGCUCGACACAGUGCAUCCCUGCAGGCAGCUGGGAGCAGCAGCAGUGGUGACAGGUGUCUGGUGACAGAAGUGUUUGACAUCAUCAGCCUGGACUGGAACACCUGGUUUGGUACUCUGUGUAUUCUGUUGUGGCUGCUCUACCUGAUACUUCUCUGAUUACUCUUUAAACUACACAUACCUGUCACGUGACAGAUUUCAGAACCUGUAAAGGUGUUCAGACCAACAUUUAACUGGAGUAAAACUAAAGAGGCCUUAUAGUGCUCAUUUACAGUUUUAUAGUUAUGCUAUGUGAAAAUUCUGAAUGAUUUACAAUAAGAAAAACUUUUGAUCUAUCUCUUCUGGUGUCUGUGGAAACCAUCAGGUCAGCCUCCGUCUGUCAGGAGAUUUAAGGUACUCUUUGAGGCCCCCCUCUCUAUAAGCCCAGUCUUUUGAGUGACCUGCUCUCUUGUAGCCUGCAGAGGAGAGGACAUGUUUUUGGUUUUCUACAAAUCUGCAUCAUGUGGUUUUUAUUUUUAGUUCCACCCAAUUUUUAUAAUAACAGCACAUUAAAAUCUGCAUAUUUUGAGGUCAUAGCUCUGCAGAAAGUCAGAUUUCAGUUGACUUUAGUGUGUCUUGUUAGAAACAAUAAAACUGAGACUCUGCAGGGACUGAUGGACACAACUGAAACAGAUGGCUGAUGGUCCAUCAGAGAAAUCCUGGUCCUGGUCCACGCAAACAGGCCAUCAGACUGGACUCUGGUCAGCCUCAGGGAGCUGGAAGCAGCAGGAGAGUUAAUUCAGAUGCAGUUCAUGGAGGAGGGGCUCAUUUCUGUCCAGAAAACAAAGAUUUAACAGAUGUAACAAAUGUAAUAGAUUAAAAAGAAAAGUGUGAUCUUGACUCGGACACCGUAAAUCCAAAUUUUAACUUUUUUUGUGAAAAAUCUGAGAAUUGAAACGAAGGUAUUUUUGUGAGCCAAAUGUCCAAAAUAGACAAAAUAUGUUAGAUUCUUAAUCAAUAUUUACUUAUAAUAUGAGACCUUAUAUCUGAUAAUUUCAUGGUUCUAAGUAAGAGUAAAAUAAUUAAUUGAGGUAUUUACUGAGUCAAAACUUUCAGAGGUUUUGUUUUUUCUUUUCCUGGUGGAGAUUAUUUUAUAUUCAUCUUAGUUUCCUCUAAAUUGAAGAUUAUUUUUGUAAAAAGACGAUGAAUGAUUUUCUCAGAACUUUUUUGUGUUUUAAAUAGAUUUACUUUCUUGUUGAGGUGAGAACUAAGGUUGUGUCGCAUUUAAUUGAAUGCAGUACAUUUUAUCACAGCAGCAUCUAGUGGACGGUGGAGAAACAGCAACACUUAUUUGAUGAUUAUUUAUAAUUAAUUUUAGUAUCUGAUUCAAGCACUGAUGAUGAACACUUAUAUUACUGAAACUGACAAAACAAUAACAGGAAUUAAAAAUAUAUAUUAUAAUAGACUUUAAUUAUUGUAUUCUCCAAAUUAAUACAGAUUAUCUUUUAUUUAAUCUGAACAGCUUUAUUAUUGUUAUUGAGGAUUAUCUGUACAAAAUGAACAGACUUAUUCAUGUUAACACCACCAUACUCUUCCCUAACUUUGACAGUAUUGGGUUAGUGGGAUUAAUAGAUUCAUACUGGCAAUAUUAAAUCUCCCUCAUGGUUGUUAUAUUAAGAAAAUAAGGGAAUCAGAAUAUGCUUUGUAAAGUUAAGGAUUUUGUGUCAGGUCUCAUCUGGUUGUAGCAUGUUUGAUUUUUAUUUUAUCCUCUCUUUGAAAGUGUUUUUCUCUGGAACAAAAUAAAUUAAUCCUUUGUGU